AUGUCUCCGCUCUUCGCCGCUCUCCUCCUCCUGACCGCCGGGCCUCUGCUGGCCUUCGACCUGGGUCAGUCCACCCGCUGCGUCGCCAUCCCCAACCAGAUGAAGGUCUGCAAAGACGUGGGCUACUCCGAGAUGCGCCUCCCCAACUUCCUGGGCCACAGCAACCUGGAGGGCGAAGUGGUGCCCCGCUCGGAGGACUGGAGGCCGCUGCUGCAGACCGGCUGCCACCCGCAGGCCCAGGCCUUCCUCUGCUCGCUCAUCGCCCCCGUCUGUCUGGACACGUUCAUCCAGCCCUGUCGCAGCCUGUGUGUGGCGGUGCGGGACAGCUGCGCACCGGUGCUGGCGUGCCAGGGUCACGCCUGGCCCGAGGCGCUGGACUGUGACCGCUUCCCUGCCGAGGAGGACAUGUGUCUGACGCCGCACGCCAAGUUCAGUCUCUUCGCCAAAGAUUUGCCCAAACCAGCCUGUCAGAACUGUCCGUCAGUCGAAGAAGCUCCGCCUUUGAAAACCGUUCUGGAUGCGUUUUGUCAGCACGACUUCGCUGUGACGGCCAAACUGCACCGCCGCCGUCUGCCACUGGGGGAGCCGGAGUUUGAGUUGGAGGGUCGCGUGGAGUUCAUCCGCCAGGGUCCGCUGCUGCCCUACGACACCCAGCACCUGCUGCAGCAGUGGCUGCUCAUCAACCUGCGCUGCGCCCAGGUGCUGGUGCGGCCCGGCCGGGCGCAGCUCUACGUGCUCACCGGCUCGGUGCGGCCCGACGGCACGCUGGCGCUCACCAAGCUCUUCCCCUGGCACAAGAGGGACGCCAACAUCGCCAUUGCCACCCGCAAAUGGAAGCACCACAGAUGUUGA